CUCUUUUGGGGCGGGUCCAGCUCUUUGUGGUGGUUCAGGAAGUGUGUUUCCAGCAGUCUGACUGAGAGAGAGAGAGAGAGAGAUGGAGCUCUUCUGGCUACUGCUGUCGAUCGCCCUCAGCUGCUCUGCUGCAGACCCCCCAUGGAUCCGUCUGAACCAAGACCUCCAACCAAACCAAACAGAGGUGGUCCUGACGGCUGGCUCUGCUUUCACCCUCAGUUGUCAUGGUAACAGUUCUACUCAGUGGUCAACCACGGCAUUUCGUCUCAUGUAUUUUACGUCACUGUCAAACCCACUGAAGGUGAGGACGGCAGACCCCAGACACACGGGGACGUACAGCUGUAGCUACACCAACCAGAGCUUGAAACACCUGGUCACCUGGAUCCACCUGUAUGUCAAAGAUCCAGCCAAACUGUCCUCUGUGUUCGUCACUCCUCGCAAAAUCCCUGAUGCCGAAGAGGGACAGGACUUCCUGUUAAAGUGUAUGCUGACUGACCCGUCUGUCACCAACCUUACACUCCAAUCACAGAGCAAAGGAGGACACGGGGGGCAGGGCCUGCCCCGGGGCAUGAGCAUGACCAUUGACCCCAGGAGCGGAGCCCUGAUCAGAAACCUGCAGAGAUCGUUUAAAGGAUAUUACAUCUGUUCAGGCUGGAAGGACGGGAUGAGGGUUGAAUCCACACCUGUCUACCUGCUGCCACGUCUUUCACGUCCCCCUUGCCUGUCAAUGAGUACAGACUUGUCCAUCCGUCUGGUAGGAGAGAACUUUGAGGUCACCUGUAUGACCAAUAACCCCUCCCACAUCUUCAACAUCACCUGGACACACCCCCACAUAAAGACCCUGAGAGUUCAUACCUCUGGUCAGGACUACAGAGAUGGUCGUCUCUAUAUGAACAAAACUCUGACCAUCUCAGCUGUCAAUCACACUCACGGAGGAACCUACACCUGUACGGCUGUUAACGAGGCUGGAGUCGCCACGGCAACAACACAUCUCACAAUUUUGGAUCGUCCUUUCCUGAGGAUCUACCUGCAGCCAGCGCAGCGAGCUAACGCUAAUGCCAACGCUAACAUUACAGACAUUAGUGGAGACCUGGUUGCUAACCUUAGCAUGGAGCAUGAAAAACUAGAAGCUAACACCAGCACCAGUUUGCCAGGGUCCACUAAGGAGCUAACUGCGAACAUUAGCACAUCUAGAAACUAUGAGAGUGGAGCUAGCAGUGCUAACAUCAGCGAUAGCACAACUGUGGAAGUGUAUGAAGGUCAAGAUGUGACGCUAACGUUUGUGACUGAGGCCUAUCCACCAAUCAGAAACCUGCAAUGGACGACACCAUUGCAGGACAACAAUACAGCGUACAAGGAGAGCUACACUGCCCAAAGCUUCAGGUCACAGGCCAGCUUGUUGUUACAUCGUGUUCGUCAGGAGGAUCGAGGUCGUUACUCGCUUCACUUCUCUAACGACUUCUUCAGCGGAACAAAGAAUGUCGACCUCAGAAUUUACCGUGCUCCGAGUGUUUUCAUCCGUCUUGAGAACGAUUCAGUCAUCUGCAGCAGCUCUGGAUAUCCAUUACCCACAAUCCUCUGGUACACCUGCCCUGGGCUCCAGGACAGGUGUGAAGAAGUCUCCACCAAUCAGGUUCCUCCCUCAGAGGUGAUGUCAGAGGAGGAGGAGGAAGAUGAGGAAGUGAGCGCCCACCUGUCCGUCCCCCUGUCUUCAUCUGAGGAUGUCACCGUCGAGUGUGUCGUCACCAACACGAUGGGCGAGUUUCGCCAGGUGCUCUCUGUUGGAGGACCGCCCACAAUAUUCUCUUCUGCUCUGAUUGGUGCUCUGAGCUCCGCGGGGUUCCUCCUCCUGCUCUCAUUGGUUCUCUUCUACAAAUGGAGACAGAAACCCCGAUACGAGAUUCGCUGGAAAAUCAUUGAGAGCACAGACGGAAACAACUACACCUUUAUAGACCCCACCCAGCUGCCGUACAACCAGAAGUGGGAGUUUCCACGAGAUAAGCUCCGCCUUGGUCCUGUCCUGGGGUCAGGGGCUUUUGGGAAGGUUGUUGAGGCGACGGCGUACGGUCUGGGGACGGACAACAAAGUGACCCGAGUGGCAGUGAAAAUGCUCAAACCGAGGGCUCACUCAGAGGAACGGGAAGCUCUGAUGUCAGAGCUGAAGAUCCUUAGCCAUCUUGGUUACCAUGACAACAUCGUCAACCUGCUGGGAGCCUGCACACGAGGAGGCCCCAUGUUGAUGAUCACAGAGUACUGCAGCCAUGGUGACCUGCUCAACUUCCUGCGGUCCCACUCUCAGGACUUCAUGGCGUCCAUCUUGUGUGUGGAUGAGGUGGAGGGUGGAGCCUUCUACAAAAACAUGGCCGCCCAGCAGGCCCGUCUCAGGAGUGACAGCGGGAUUUCAUGUUGCUCAGAGUAUCAGGAGAUGCAGCCGGUCCUGAGUCCAGGACAGACCCCGCCCAGUGUGCAGACAGACAGUUUAUCCGUCUGUGACCUCAUG